CAGAGACCUAGUAGUUCAAACAACUUGUGGGUGUACAAUGGCAGAAGUUUACCAGUCAGAUUCUGAAAUCAUCACAUUACAAGACUAUAUUUGUUCUUUGAACUUUUCCACUCUUCCCAGAAUUUUGGAGAUCCACUCUGGAGUUUAUUUCCAAGGAUCAGUCUAUGAAAUAUCAGGAAAUGAAUGCUGUUUGUCAACAGGAGAAUUUAUUAAAAUAAUUCACAUCGAGCUCCAGAAAGUUGUCUGUGAAAAUAUGGACAAUAAAUCCAAAUUCGAUCUCCCACUAAACUACUCAGGACACUUCAAACUCAUUCCUGAAGAAUUUCCUUUCACCUCAAUUGAAGAAAUCAUUAAGUCAACAGAAAUUAGGAAACAGAGCUCAGAAGUAAUCACUUUUCAGUCCAUGACUGAUAUAGUCACUGACCAUGCUGUCAUUCAGAAAGGAGAGCUCAUAACAGUUAUUUCAACUGUGGUCUAUGAGGGACAGAUGUAUGCAGAUUGUGUAGUUGAUGGCCAUUGUGAGCAGUUCCAUGUUAGACUUCCAUUUAUGUUAAAAGGCCAGUUUAAUGAAUGUGAAAGUGACAACUCAUAUACAGUCCAGGACAUCAUUGAGUCACAAACUCUGACAAGAAGGAGAGUAAGGCUAGCUGAAACUGAAGGAAUCUGCGUACCCAAGCAUUUUAAUGGGGCACUGAUCAUUUCACCAGUAUAUGAAAUUCAAGCAAUUAUGAAUCUCAGAAAAGAGGUUGUGAAAAUACCCUCAACUUUGGAGGUUGACGUGAGAGAUGUCACAGAGGAACAGAAAGAUGCUAUAUUCAUCAAACCAUUGUCAUUGACUGAUAUUUCAAACCAACCUCACGAGACAUUUCCAAUAAUCGUUGAAAUCUUGGAUGCCCCAGACCAACAAGCCCCUUUCAAGUCUGAAUGGUUUCAUUUACUUAGGAAGGGGAGAAAUAUAAUAAUUUACAAGAAAGUGGUGUUGAAGAAAGUCCUUGCAACAUCUGUGCACAACAAGAUCAGUCGCCAUUUCUUAAUCUCUGAACAUUACAAGGGAACUUUCAGAAGACGUCCACGGGAAUUUCCAACUGCAUUUGAUCUCUGCAAUGCCUUCACCCCAGAAGACCCGUUGCACUUUGUGGUUACAAAUGAUUGCACAUGGAAUGAAGGUGGAUCAUCUCUGUGUAUUGGGGACCGCUUGGUUACUAUGUUUAAGACUACUUCACAAGUAGCCAUUGAAGGUGUACUUCAGAGUUUGGAUGUGGUUGUGUGCAGGAAGCUCCCAGAGGAUGAGGAAGAGGAGGAGGAGGAUGUGGCUCAACCCCUUAUGCUUCCUCUUUACUUGGAGGGUCGUUUUGUAGAAGAAAUCCGUGACACAAAGAAAUACAAAAUCUCAGAAAUAUAUGAAAAAUUCAAACUCCCUUUUCAGGUGAAGGUCACAUCUAAAGAUCCUUCCUUACCAACUGAUUCCUUAACAUCCUUCCCGACAAUCAAACUAGAGGAGAUAAUUGAGGUGCCUACUUUAAUUGCUAGUUAUCUGGACAAUCCUUCUGAGUGCUUCUCAAUCCCAAUAGAAUGGGUGACCAUGACUGUCCAAGUCCUGGAAGACUGUUACGGAGAAGACUGCUGUUAUGAAAGCGUGGCCACAGUAGAAGAGCUGACCAACUUCAUGUACUAUAACCUGUUGAGAUGUUCUACUCCAUCUCAGUGUCCUCCACCUCGGCCACCUAAACAACCAAGCAAAGGAACCCUAUCACGUUCUCCUGCCCCAAUUCAAAAUCCUUCUCAUUCCCCUGUUCCAGAUAACAAGCAGCUCAAACCACCUUUGCUCCCUGAGAGAGCAAGUAUAUGCCCAAAAUCUACCAUCGUCGCCGAGACCAAAGCAUUGCCACCAACCUCAGGAAAACUCUUUUCCAAGCAACAUACAGAAGCUACUCCAAAUGAAUAUGCAAAGUCCCAAAAAAGGAAAAAAAAGAAAACUCCUAAACUUCCUGAAGUAGAGAAGUUAACCUGUGAUGAUGACCAUGAUUAUGAACAAGUGAAAGAAGUUGCCCCAAAGGCUUUAUAUGAUAGAAGAGCAUGGAGUCCCUCCACCAAAAUGACAGAGGAGUCAAACGUUGACAGUGAUCAUGACUAUGAACAGGUCGAAGGAGUCACCCUAAUGGCUUUACAAGCAAUGAGAAUGUGGACACCAUAGUUUUUGGAAAAUGAACAACCUAGGGAUGCUCAAGGAGUGGAGGAUGAACAGCUUGCUGAGGAAACUGCACCCAGCUAACAUCCAGCUUAGUGCCAUUAAUACAAGAAAUUAUUGAGUCCAAAAUAUAUGAUAAAUAAUGAUUUAGAAAGACAUCUUUUGAAGAUGGAGCAAAGAAGACAACAACUUUCACUUCCAGAGCUAUAAACGUCCAUAUUUCGACUAUGUCAACUCUAUUCAUAUCAAAAUAUAUGUGCUGCAAGAUGUAUGGUAAUAAAACAGGGAAGCUUAUCACAUCCUGUUUUGUGCUUUACCAACCUGACACCAGGUUUUAGUCAUGCCCUUCAGGGUUGAUUCCCUGCCCAGAUUGUAACAGUAGACUGAGGGAUAGUCUGAGUCCUGAGGUUUCGGGUUGUGAUAGUGUAUACAUCUCCUACUCUUGAUAGUCCACAGUGCUUUAUGGAUGCAUGGAUGCCCAGUUAUGAGCUACCAGGCCUGUUCCAUCCCAUGAUUGUGCCACACAAUAUGAUGCAAGGUGUUCUUAGGUGAAGAUGAGACUUUGCCUCCACACUGUCUUGGUAAUGGUACAGUUUAAAAGGAAAGCAAUUCUGCCAUUUCUCUUCUCAGAUUAGGAAAAGGCAUGAGUGAGAGGAAUACUUUGUAAAAUACAUCAUUAAUCUUAAUUUUGAAAGAUAGUUAAAAGAAACAUGGAUGGCACUGGUCCUUCGUCAUCAGGUGGAAAGACUUGUAACGUUGAUUCAAAAGACAAAGAUAGAGCAUUUUGUAAUAUAUCUCUGCAUUUUUCCCCAUGUCUGUGCUAGCUCUUUUGAUUUAGUUUCCAUCGCCAUUCUCUUCAGGCAGUACAAUCCACAUAUUUGUAAUUCAUUUUGUUUUCACUGAAAUCCAGCAGGAAGUAUGUAUGUAUGAAAUAACCAGGAAAACAGCAAUAUUUUCGGGUUUUUUUGUGUGAAGGAGAGAUAUCCCUCAGGGAUUUUAGUACAAUCUUGUAUGGCUGGUACUAAAUAACCAGUA